AUGUUUUCCAGGGCCCAGGUGAGGCGGGCUCUGCAGUGGGUGCCCGGAAAGGAGCGACUCGGCGUCUACAGGUUUCUGCCCUUCUUUUUUGUCCUGGGAGGAACCAUGGAGUGGAUCAUGAUUAAAGUGCGCGUGGGCCAGGAGACCUUCUAUGAUGUCUACCGUAGAAAAGCCUCAGAAAGACAGUAUCACAAGGCUGGAAGAAGCAUCGGAGACUGA